CUUCCGAGUGGAAAGGCCAAKCGGAUAUUUAUACAUCCAGUACCUGUCUCAUUGUUCAAUCUGUGAUAUAGCGUUUCCCAUGAUCGUAACUUUUAUUCUGAAGGCGAAUAUAAACCGGAACUAAUGUUUUUUUUAAGCGACUUCCUGCAAAAUGAGAAAAAAAAUAUAACUUCCAGGUAAACAGAUAUUUCAGCCAAGUGACUAAAUGAUUGCUUGGGUUUAGUUAAGGACGUCCCUGUGACUGAUAAUAAUGGAUUAUCGGAAUUUAACGGAACCGGUGGUGAAUACGGGGUUAUCUUUYCCUCUACCUGCCCUGCGCCUGUUCAUCCCACCGCUGCGGCUGUUUUCUGCAGCGAUGUGGCAAGUGGCCCAACGAGGGGAUAUAAUGGACUACGGGAAGCUGGAAGAGUUUGUGACAUUUGUUACAGAGACGGUUCCAGAGCUGCUCAGUUUCAGACAGAGAACCCAGCUCAUGUUGGGCUUACGAGCAAAGUUGGUUUUGGAGUUGUGCCGCACGGAGCAGACAGCAGGACUUCAGAGCCAUCUGGACAGGAUCCACGCUGCAAGAUCACAUCCGGGGGAUGCAGACUUUUGUUGCGCAGAAGYGGAAGCCUCUAAAUCAAAUUUCCUUGCACUGGUACAAACUCUUAUCCAAGACCCAGUUGAGAGGRAACAUUWCUUCCAGGUCAGUAUAUGGUUUUGUUGGUUCAGUUUUUUAAACACCAAAGUUUGAACAUUUGUAUGGUCUGUCAACAUUGGUAUAACAAAACAGAUAAAACCAGUAGUAUCUAGGCUACAUUGUCAAUGUUUUAUGUUUUUGUGAUAAUAAACCUAUCGCUUCAUAUUCUUAGGCUACAUUUAAUCUUUGAAAGAAAUGUGAAAAGUAGCCAGCCAAAUAAUUGAUCCCCCUGUCUUUUUCAUCUCUCCCAUUAGGAAGUGUUUCCUGUAGACUAUGGACCCAAGUAUGACUCUGCCCUGCAAGGAUUAAUGUGGGAGUUUCUCUCCAGGCUGGAGCAGCUCCUUCCAGUACCAGACCUCAAACAGACAGUGUCUUGGCUCAAUGCUGCACCCUSUGUCUUGGAAGAGUGUGUCAACUCUCUAUCUCAACCUCUACAGUUGAAGACUCUACUUCAACAUCAUAGAGAACUAGGAUAUUUGGACACCAAUGCAACUUCUUCCUCCUCUGCUGGCGACUGCAUCUUCUCCUCUCUGUCUCUCACUCCGGUACUGGUGACGGCCACUAGAAAGACAGAAACAGAGAUCCAAUCAGAGUUGAUGGAUGGCUGUAUGGACCCAGCCUUAUAUGGUGUAGAGAUGGAAACAGAGUCUGUAGUAGUGACUGAGUAUGCAGAAGUGGAGCUGGGGACCAGUACAUACACCAGAGAGGAAAGGGAGUUUAGUAUAGAGAAGACUGAGUCACAGAACCCAAGAGACAGUCAGGCUGAAUUGAAUGGGGAAGAGCGGGAGUUGGUAGCCAUGCCAAGCGAGGAAGAACGUCAAGAGGGACAAGUGGAGGUUAUUUGUGAGGAAGUGGGGCAUCCUAACGGAGACGCUGAGCUUGUUUCAGAGGAAACCAGUGCCRUGAACACAGAGGAAGCCGUUUUCUGUGCAGAGGUGGGGGAUGUGUGUGUGGAUCUGGAGUCAAUGAAUAGAGAGGUGGAAAUGAUUUAUGAGGAGGUGGAGCAUGUUGAACAUCAGGAGUUAGUUGGGCCUAUAUGUGCAGAGAAUACAAUUGACAGACCGUCCACCCACAAUGAGAAGCUACAUGACGAAAAUGGGGUCACAGAGGAGGKGCGYGAGAAGGAUGCACAGGAGAGAAAUGAAGCUGGUUAUGUCCCCCAAACUGUCACGGAUCAAGGAAGUUCCCAAUGUACGCCACAARAUGUAAUGAACCAGCCUGAACUGGUCACAUCCUGUCUGCACCAAAAACCCACCUUAGGGUUCCAGAGACUGGACGUCAGUGUCCUGCCUCUCCAAAUGUCCUCCCCCUCUCAACCAUUGAGAAGAAACACAAGACUCCAGAUGAAGACAGUGGGAUCAAAAGGACCCAAUGGAGGGCAGCUCAAGGCAUUGGAGGAGGGUAAUGGGACCUGGGGUGUCCCUUUAUACCUGUCUCCAGACCCAAGGGAAGACUCUGAAGACCUCAGCGCCACUUCUGACAGCUCCACAAUGAAUGGAAAUAAAGGUGGGACGGUGGAGGCUCCCUCUCUUGUCUUCGCCUGCUCUCAGUGCUCUUUUAACCAUGCCGACGAGGUGACCCUCCGGCAACACCUUAAAGCGCUUCACCCAGAGKACUACAGAAGGAUGCUUGCUGCUGGAGAAAAUGAAACAGAAACCCCUCCAGGGUCUUCCAGUAGCACCCCUCUGAACCCAUGUCUCUCAGACAUUCCCCACACACUGGGGAAGUCUGGCAGGCAUACAUCACGCUCCAAAACAUGCUCUGUGUGUGGAAAGACCUUCUCUCGAGCGACAGAUAUGAGGAGACACCAGAGAUCCCACACUGGGGAGCGGCCUUACAGGUGCACCCAAUGUGGGAAGACUUUCCAGUACUCCUUCGACUUGAAAAGACACCAGCGAAAGGGCCUAGGGUCAAGGCCGUUCCAGUGCUGCGCGUGUGGAGAGGGCUUCGAUCGGGAGGAAGAUCUAAAGACACACUGCAGUGUGGCUCAUUUAGCAGAGUCGCCAGUCUCUGAUGAUGACGACGUUGGGAUCAAGUUAAACCUCCCAGCAGGCCUUGAGAAUGAGCAGUGUCCCAGCGAAGAGGGUCAACACAAAUGUCCAGAAUGUGACAUGUCUUUCAGUCAGAUAUCCCAAAUGAAGCGACACCAGCUGAUUCACUCCGGUGGUGACCCGCUGCAGUGCAACCAGUGUUUGAAGAAAUGUCAAAACUCUGAUGCCCUCACAAAACACAUGCAAAUGCACAACGGCGCUCGACCAUUCCAGUGUUCUAUGUGCAAAAUUAACUUCACGCAGCUAGUUUGUCUUAGGCAACACUAUUUGAAUGCUCAUAAGGAAGAGGGUUCAUUUCUGUGUUCCCAUUGUCCUAAAAGUUUCUCAAGGCUAUCGAACUUGAUCAAACACCAGAGAACUCAUACAGGUGAGCGGCCUUACCAGUGCUCUCAUUGUCCAAAGAGAUUCACACAACUACAGAUCUUGACUAGACAUGAGAGAAUUCACACAGGAGAGAGACCAUUUCUUUGCCCUGACUGUGGAAAAAGCUUUCUCUCUUCUGGUGAAUUGUCAAAACACCUUCAGUGUCACUCAGAGGAGAGACCCUUCCCUUGUCUCGAGUGUGGAAAGACUUUCAAGGCCAAUCGGUUUUUGAAGAAACACUUACAGACUCAUACAGGAGAGCGUCCUUUCCCCUGCUCCCAGUGUGGGAAGAGAUUUUCCAAGUCGACUGAUCUGACCAGGCAUAAUCGCAUGCAUACAGGGGAGAGGCCACAUAUGUGCUCUCAGUGCGGUAAAAGUUUCUUAACUUACUCCGAAGUGGUGAAACAUCAGCGUUACCACACUGGAGAACGACCAUUCAAAUGUGAGCAGUGUGGGAAAAGUUUUACCCAGUCCUGCUAUCUUACAGUACAUAAGCGGAUACACACAGGAGAGAAGCCCUACUCCUGCAGCGUGUGUGGAAAUCGCUAUAACAGCACCACUCCACUGAAGAGACACAUGCUCAGCCACACGGGAGAGAAGCCAUACGUGUGUACUGAAUGUGGGAAGGCUUAUAACAGAUUGCAUCUUCUGCGUACACACGAGCGAACUCAUGCAGCAGUUGAGGCUAAUGAAGAGGACAGUUGCUGCCGGUACACAGGCUGGUUGUUCAGAGGCGAGUGCCAGGCUCUACUCUGGUUCUGGAGCUGUGCCGAGGCCCUGUCGACCCUCAAACCAUCCACCUUACCUGGACAGAAUGCCACUGUAAUCAGGAUGUACAGGAGUGGAUCUGACAAGGUGACCCCCUUUACCUGCCCUAAGUGUGCCUACCACAGUCUGGAGGAAAAGAGCCUUCACCUCCACAUGCAAAGCAUUCACACAGAGGAGUACAACAAGCCCAAUGUGUCUGGGAAAAACAGAGCAGAGGUUUCACCAUGUCCCGACAGCACUCGCCAGAUAUUCACAUCAAUCAAACCUCUCCUUUCUUCAAAAACUUUAACAACUGAAACUCGUGAGAAUCAAACCGGUAAUGCUGGGACUCCCACCAAAGCAAAAGGCUACCAUAAGGCCCACACAUGCGCCACGUGCGGUAGGAUCUUCACUCGCUCCUCAGAUGUGAGGAGACACCAGCUCACCCACACGGGUGAGAGACCUUUCCACUGCUCUCAAUGYGACAGGACCUUCCAGCAUUCGUGGGACCUGACCAAGCAUGAGAAGAAACAUGGUGGGACAUCYAUCUCUUUCCCCUGCCAGAAGUGCGGGAGCUCCUUUGCCAACCUCCGCUCUCUGACAGCCCACCACAGAAGUUCCCACCUGGGCGAGAGCGACCUGCCCCACCUCUGCUCCAUCUGUGGCAAGAGCUUCCCCUCCUCCUCUGAGUUGCUGGAGCACAGGAAGAGCCACGGGACCAGCCUCCAGUACAUCUGCCAGCAGUGUGGCGAAAGCUUCCACUCCCUGCUGGCUCGCUCCCAACACCGGCAGACCCACCUGGUAAAGCGGCAGUUCAAGUGCCCGCACUGCGACAAGAGCUAUACGCGCAAAGCUGAUGUGAAGAGGCACAUGUUCUCCCACAGCGGCGAGCGACCGCACCAGUGCAACCAGUGUGGGAGAUGCUUUUCCUUCCUCUUCCUGCUCAAGAAACACCAAAUAGUUCACACGGGCGAGAGGCCUUUCCAGUGCUCCUACUGUCCCAAGAGGUUCACAUUGAUAUCCAUCCUGAGCAGACAUGAGAGAAUGCACACCGGGGAGAGACCCUUCCUCUGCUCUCAGUGUGGGAAGAGCUUUCUGUCCCAGGGGGAGCUGUCCAAGCACCACCGCUCCCACACUGAUGAGAGACCGUACGCUUGCAAUCAGUGUGACAAGAGGUUUAAGAGCAAAAAAUCCCAACAGGAACAUAUCAUCUCCCACACCGGCGUGCGCCCUUACCCWUGCUCUUAUUGUGGGAAAGGGUUCACCAAACCAUACGCUCUGACCAGGCACCAUCUCAUACACACAGGGGAAAGACCAUUCCCCUGYGUCCACUGUGGGAAGACAUUUCUCACCCCCGCAGAGGUACAACUACACAUCCGCAUUCACACAGGGGAACGCCCUUACCCCUGCCCUGAUUGUCAGCUGAAGUUUAGGAGUUCGUCAGACUUGGCACGACACAAACGCUUUCAUACAGGGGUGCAGACAUUUGUCUGUAACCAGUGUAUGAAAAACUUUCCCACCUCGUCCAAACUGAAGAAACACAUGGAGAACCACUCAGAGGCAGUCCAGAGCUCAGACUUUGGAGAAAAUUCAAACCAAGGUGAACGUGGAAAGAGGAAGCUGGCGGAUCGUUGGGAGAACAACCUCUAUAUUGUUACGGAGAAGAAUAGUGACAACCACAUCUUCAAGAUACAGAACAUGUCGACUGGCCAGGAGAAAACGGUCCACCGUAAUCUGAUAAUUCCUGUAAACUUCUUGCCUCUCCCUGACACUGCCUUGGAGACACCUAAUACGGGAGACCGUGAGGAUCCGAAUGAGGAGAUGGAGGACUCAUCCAUGAACGAUAUACAAGAAAUGGACAUUGGUGAGAGGACUAGUGCGGGGGUAUCAGAACAGACCUCGGGGAAGCACAGCCGGAGCACGCUGAAAAAGAAACCCCAGAUGUGCUGGAAGAUGGGCCACUGGCGAGGGACCCUCAGAACUCACCACAUUCUGAGGGUGCCACUGGUGGCACAAGCAUGUCUCCCUCUCCUCUCCCUCUGCCUCUUGGUUCCACCCAUUCAGCUUAUGUCAGCGUCCAUAUGGCAGGUGGUGCAACAGCGAGAUGCCAUGAAUUAUGCAAUGCUGGCGGAGUUUGUCUCCCUGGUGACAGAGAUGGUCCCGGAGUUGCUGRUCUAUAGGCACAGGGCCCAACUUAUUUUGGGAUUGCGAGCAAGGCACAUUCUGGAGUUGUGUCGCAGUGAGCAUCCUGUAGAACCUCAGGUCAUCUUAACCCAGCUGUACAUGAUUCAACCACUUACCCACUUCAGUAAUGAUGUAAGUGACACAGAGGUGGAGUCGUCAGAGACUAAUUUUCUGGAGCUGGUCCAGACCCUGCUUAAAGACCCUGAUGAGAGAGAGCAUUUUUUCACAGAGAUAUUCCCAGUGGAGUAUGGACCACAAUAUGACAUCGAGCUGCAGACUCUACUGUGGGAGUUCCUSUCCAGAUUGGUUCAACUGUUACCGACCCCUGACCUCGCACAGACAAUGGCAUGGCUCGGUACUGCCCCCUCAGUCUUGGAUGAUUGUGCCCAUGUUAUAUCUCAUCCAGCAGAUCUGAAGAGUCUGCUCCAGCACCAUAAACGUCUUGGGCAUUUGGAGCAACAUGUACCCCCCUGCGCCAUGGGCGACUGCAUCCUGUCCUCUCUCUCCAUCCCGCCACACAGUAGAACGGUGAUCAGCACUGAGCAGACCACCUGUGACAACCAGUCAGAACCCUCGCAGGAGUUUGUGGAUGACUUCGAGGUGGAAAUUGUAACUCUGACAGAUUAUGAAGAGGUUGAAUUAGGUUUGAGUCAGGAGGAGGUGGAGGAUGGGAACRAUGACGAAGGACAGACCAUGGAGGACAAGGAAGAAGAGCCUAAAGAAACGCCCGUUGAAGAAGUGGAGGAAGAGGAGAAAGUGAUGGAGGACCAUGAAGAGAGGGGCUUGGAGAACAACUCGCAUCUAGAAGAAGCCGAGGAUGACCCAGCAUCCUCCCAUCACCAAACAUCCUCUGGGCCACACAUCUGCUCAGUCUGUGAGAAGAGCUUCAAGUUUGCCUCUGCACUAAUAGCCCACCAGGUCAUCCAUACAGGAGAGCGCCCGUAUGUGUGCCAUCUGUGCGGCCGGUGUUUCUCCUUCAGGCAGUCUCUGGACAGGCACAAACAGACACAYAAGGAUGGGCGCGUUUACGACUGCUUGAUCUGUGGGGAGACCUUUCAGUCCUUGUCAGCCCGCACAGAGCACAAGAAGAGCCAUAUGGAGCAAGGCGCUUACCAGUGCUCACAGUGCCACAGGAAGUUCAACUGGGCGUCGGCUAUGGUGAGACACCUGAAGGCUCACACAGAGGGCACUGAGGUCAAAACGCAGGAACUUACAAAAAGCCUGAAGUCUGAGAAAGAGGAUAUAGGGAUUAAAGACAUUGUAGGAGAGGUGGCUAUUGAACCCCCUGUGUUGGAGGAUGGAGGGAAAUCCUGUCACAAUCCACAGGAAGGAGCGGGUCUCAAACAACAGGAAGGAGAUGGUCAGUCUGGUCAGUCCACUUCGUCUGAGCCUGCAGUGUUGGUGCCUGGACUUCUGGACAAGGUCGUAACACUUGUCAAGGUCCGUACCAGUGGUAGGAAAACGAAACCGACCUUGAAGGUGCAGAUGGUGAACCUGCAGAAGCUCAARGGAAAGGUUGCCACCCCAAAGAGGAGGACGGGUGGAAGCUUGAUGAACCCCCAGGGUUUCACACCAUUGCAUUUUAAGAGUGAGGAACACUCCUAUGGCUCRCCAGUGGUCUCAACAAAGGAAGSAGAUAYAGGUACAGAUACAUUGGUUACCUACAUGUAUUAUUUUGUUACRUACAUUGCUUAA